UUUACUGUCUCAUACAUGAGUCGAGGGCAAGUGGGCAAGAUGUUCUAUGUUGGAGCAGAUGUAAGAUGAAUUGAGCUCGAGAGAUCUUCAACGGCUUAAAAGCCUCUGUCUGUGGAGAAAAUCUCGAGAUAUACAGCAUAUGACGUUCACAUGUAUCUUGCUAGUUGGUGGUCCCUAAUUCUUAUCAGAAACAAAGAGAAGUAUGUGGACACAUUUUAGUGAACUUGGGGACGAGCAAUUCUAACAGUAAGUGCACUAUGUUAGUAGUUUUCCAACCAGUCAUCAGAUUGAUAAUGAAGGAUGGAGAAGCUCCUACCACUUGUGCGAUAACACGCUAAGUUGAUCCCCACACAUUGUCUUUUGGUUGCAGCAAUCCUUCUAGAUUCUGACGAUGGCUGGUCAGAGCUCAUUUUCUGUGUCCCCUCCUUGGCCUCAUAUCUUUCUGAAUUUAGCUUGUCCUUGACUUCUCCUUUUUCUUUGGUAGGAAUCCUCUCUCCAGACAAAUCUACAGAAAUGCAAACAAGUUAACAAUUUUCUAAUCAGUUCAAGGAUUUGCAUGUAAGUCUGACAUUACAAUAGAAAACAAGAGAUGGAGCUCUUGACUGUGCCCAACUGUAGUUUUUCACCUCGACAACCAUUAAGCUUUAGACAGCGAAACUGCUUUUCUAUUAAGUGUGCUGGAAUCUCUGGUCCUUCAGGAGUUCCGGCUCCAAUGGGUCAGAAGACAGAGUACAAAGACGGGAUCUUUGAAAAGGUGUUCAUGGGUCUCUUUGCUCGUAAAAUGGAGAAGUUUGCUUCGUCUGGAGGGAAAAAGAGCGAUAGUAAAAAUUUGUGGGAUUGGGACUACGAGAGCUUCGUUGAUGUUUCUAAAAGGGUGAUGGUUGGAAGAUCGAGAAGUCAACAGCAGGAAGUUGUUCGAGAGGUCCUUCUCUCUAUGCUUCCUCCUGGUGCCCCUGCUCAGUUCAGGAAGCUGUUUCCUCCGACUAAGUGGGCUGCUGAGUUCAAUGCUGCACUAACAGUACCCUUCUUCAAUUGGUUAGUUGGACCCUCGGAGGUUGUGGAAGUGGAAGUAAAUGGGGAGACACAGAGAAGUGGAGUGCAUAUUAAGAAGUGCAGAUAUUUGGAGAACAGUGGAUGCGUAGGGAUGUGCGUGAACAUGUGCAAGAUUCCAACGCAAGACUUUUUCACCAAUGAAUUUGGACUUCCCUUGACCAUGAACCCAAAUUUUGAAGAUAUGAGUUGUGAAAUGAUAUAUGGCCAAGUGCCGCCUCCUUUUGAAGAGGAUCCUGUCUCUAAACAGCCUUGUUAUGCCAACCUCUGUUCUAUGGCCAACACAAACUCCACUAUUUGUCAUAAACUUAAAAACUAAGAAGGCCUCUUGCUGCAUUGAAGAACAUUGAAGGAACAGUCAAAAGUUUGUCAUGAUGCAUCCUCAGUCAGGUGAAUGUGAAUUUUUUUCCACCCUAGGAGCUGAUGGGCAUGAAGAAAGCGUGAAGAAAAUUAGCUUUGAGUUGAAGCUAAAGAUUUUUUUAUAAGUUUUUCGCAAAAGUAAACAUGUAUAUUCACUAUAAUUUGCUAUACUGGAGGAAUCCAACUCAAAAGUUGGAGAUAUGUGACAAUAUUACGCCGUCAGAAAUAAAUAAAUACUUGAAGGUAGUUCGUUGUA